GCGAGAUUGUGAGACAAGUUAUUAUUGCUGCGUUCCAGUGUCGAGGGAUGAACAGACAUUAAUGGUAUUUUGUUCUACGCAUCUCCGACCGUACGUGAAGGCAGCACCAGCUUGACAUCUCUAGCCUGACGGAAGCUAAUGUUCAGCAUGUCUGAAAAGGAGCUGGGGAAAAAGUGGGACCGGUGCCUCGCAGACGGUGCCAUCAAACUUGGCACAGGACUGGGUUUGGGGAUCGUCUUUUCUGUUCUCUUCUUUAAACGGCACACGUGGCCGAUUUCAUUCGGCUCAGGAGCGGGACUUGGCAUGGCAUAUGCCAACUGUCAGAAUGACCUCAGGUCACAUUACCUGCUGCACAGAAGGGAAAAAGAACAAUAACUGCAAGUCAACGAGGGACUGUCUUUUUUUUUUUUUGUUAUUUGUUCUAUUCGUUUUGUCAAUGGGAGAGUGAUCAUUUGCACUGUUCCACAGUUAGAUCCACAUUUCCCGUUAAUCAGUCCAUCCCGAGUACGACUGUGUAUGUGCCUGAUAAGGACGGUCUGUGUUUAUUUAAUAAAGGAAUCAGAACAACAAAAA